AUGAUGCCAUCGUGUGCAGUGCAUGGUCAGGGGUCUGCACACCUCGCUUGCCCUCGAGCUUCACUUCUCUUUCGCAUAUCUGUCCCCGGGCUCUCGUCCUUGUGGUCCGACAUUCCCAAUUCGACGCCUUCCAUUGACAACAUGACGAGAUCACGAACAUCUCCCCGAGCUGCUAAGCUGUCCUCUAGAUCUCUGACAUGGAAGGCUGUCGCAGAAAACGGUCUUCCAACGAUUCGCACCUAUGGGAUUAGCCUUCUCAGAGCACAGGUGUCCUUAUGUCACCGCCAGGCGAAGAACGCCAGUCCAUGGCCUGGGUGCUGUAUUUUCCGCGCCAGAAUCACUACACGGCUUCGCAGGCAUGCACGGAUGCUACGUGGCAAAAAGCUGACCAAAGCUGACUGUCGUUCUUUGCCAAUGAAUGCCGCAGAACAGAGAAAUCCGCUUACCACAACCUUUCACUUUUUUUUCAGACCUGUUCCUAACAAUCCUGAAUUGAAGCCUCUCGCGCCGUGUGAGAGAGUCUUCGACUCCUGUUCAGAAGACAUGCCGCUCAAGGCCCCGACGAAGCUUGUCCUGAAAGAAGUGCAUCCGCAAGUCCAAGGCCUUGCGCUUCGAAUGUACGAUGGCUGUUCGAUGGAAGAGAGAAGGAUCCUGCGAAGGCAACUGCUCACGCUACAUCGAGAAUUUCUGGAUGCUGAGAUAGGAUCGUCGAAGGUUCGAGGAAGAUUUAUGAUAAGCAGCAUGGUCGGAGCUACUGUCAUUGAGCGAGAGGCCUCACCAUCCAAUGAAGCUUUUUGGACUUUGGACACUUUUACAGCUUCCUUACAUAUGCUUGGCUUAGAGACAUGCAACCUUUGGGGACUUUUGCGCUUCCAAAAGACCAAGAAAUUGAAAUGUACAGGAAACAAGCCAUUCGACUCCAUUCACGCCUCAAAUGCAAGUGCAGGGGCGCACCCUUCUGGAGUGAACCUCCAGUCUACGCCUGAGGAUAGCUUCAGAGACAAUUGCAACUUGAGAGCGCGAGAAAGAGCUCCAAGUUACCUACAAAGCUCUGGUCUCGACAUCUGCUUCCCGGCGAUAGGAUGA